AUGUCUAAACCAACGUCGACCACAAGCAUAGGGCAACUCAGGAACCGGAGGAGGACGGAUCUUCCGCCGAGUAAUCCGCCGAACGAGCGCCGCAACCUCGAAGGCCUCGUCGGGAGUAUCGCCGGACGGGCUGCGAACCAAUACCAUCGGAUUCAAAACCUCUUCCGGUCUUCAGACCAACGUCUUGAUCAUCGUCUUGCUCAAGACCGUGCAGGAAUCAAUCCUCAGGCUUCUUCUUCUUCGAGCAACAAUCCCAACUUCUCCUCCUCAUCCACCCAAAGUACAAAAAGGUUCUUCAGGACACCCCUUCAGGCUGCUCCCCUACAAGCUAGGGUUGGAGAAAUUGAGAAAAUCCUUGGGAGGCUUGAGUUACUUCUGCAGGAGCAUUCCCAUCGACUGGCAUUGCUCGAAGGAGAGACCGAACAACUAGCUUCGAGAUCAGGUACGAUUCGGAUGAACGCCCCAGAUACCCCGAUGAGCAAUCCUCCACAGGACCCGGAACUUAGUCCACAGCCUUUUCCCACGAACCUUUCGCAUCUCGAGCCUGCUUUUCAGGUCCAAUCGUUGUCCGACCGAUUAGAGCGGAUGGAAGCUUUGAUUGAACUCAAAGAAAAGAACAAAACGAGGGCCAAGUCGAGGGCCAAUAAACUGACAAGGUUCAUGGGAUUGGACGACCAAAGCCACCCUAACAAGCGUCCGAGAAUUUAA